AGUUGUCUUUCGUCAUCACACUGCCUCCCCCUCCGCCCCCUUCACCAGCGCUGCGGGAUUGUCGGGGUUUUGACCUCUCAUCCUGACCGCCAACAUGCCAGCUGCACUUACAGAUUCCAGCCAAAUAAUCUGUGAAGUCUGGGCGAGCAACGUGGAGGAGGAAAUGAGGAAGAUCCGGCAGAUUAUUCAGAGCUACAAUUUCAUCGCCAUGGACACAGAAUUCCCCGGAGUGGUUGUCCGGCCGAUCGGCGAGUUUCGAAGCACAGUAGACUACCAGUACCAGCUGCUGAGGUGUAACGUCGACCUCCUGAAGAUCAUCCAGCUCGGCCUCACGUUCAUGAACGAGGACGGAGACUACCCCCACGGCACCAUGACGUGGCAGUUCAACUUCAAGUUCAACCUCACAGAAGAUAUGUACUCCCAGGACUCCAUAGACCUGCUCCAGAACUCGGGCCUCCAGUUUAAAAAACACGAAGAGGAGGGAAUCGAAACGCUCUACUUCGCCGAGCUCCUCAUGACGUCUGGUCUGGUGCUGUGUGAAAACGUCAAGUGGCUCUCCUUCCACAGCGGCUACGACUUUGGCUACCUGGUGAAGCUCCUGACGGACGCACGGCUCCCUGAGGAGGAACACGACUUCUUCCAGAUCCUCAACCUCUUCUUCCCCGCAAUCUACGACGUCAAAUACUUGAUGAAGAGCUGCAAGAACCUAAAGGGAGGUCUACAGGAAGUAGCAGACCAGCUGGAGCUGAAGAGGAUCGGGCGGCAGCAUCAGGCCGGAUCCGACUCGCUACUCACCGGCAUGGCUUUCUUCAGGAUGAAAGAGCUUUUCUUCGAAGACAACAUUGACGACGCAAAGUAUUGUGGGAGGUUGUACGGCCUGGGCUCGGGCUCCACCCAACCCCAGAACGGCAUCUCCAGUUCGGGCCAGGAGGAGACGAACAACAAGCACUGACUGAGCGCUCACAUUCUCCAAGUGGAAUACACACUUGUUUUAAAACACCCGGCCAGCACACACACACACGCACACACCACACCCCCCCCGAUCAAUCUCCUGCAAUACUCGGGACGAGACACGAAACAAGGCAAAACUAAGUAGAUUUCUUUAAAAGGGUUCUUCCCGGGUGACUGUAAAAUGGACUCGCAGUGACAUUGGAUCCUUUCACUGGCUCAGUCGUUUCUUUUUAGUCGCUUUUACUGAGUACAUGUUCAUAUAUUCAGAACACUUUUUUUAACGCAGCAUUCUAGUGACGCCCUUCUUUAACAGCAUGGGACCAGCGCCUGUAUCAUACUGUGAUUUCAGACCCAACUUUGCCAAAUACAAAACAGUCCGAUUCUUCAGUUCAGACUAUCCUUCUCGUCAGCGGGACUCGUCUCUUGUUGCAGGGAUUUCAUUUUUUUUUAAGUUGAUGUUGGAAGGGGCCUGUAAAUUAAAAUUGUAUAAUUUUGAUGAAAAUAAAAAUGUUUUAGCUCUUUUCCACUUUCAGAACCUUUUAACAGUGCGCAUCAAAUAGUUUAACCGAGCUUUGUUCAUGCAUGUAUGCAUUUUGGGCAAACUGUCGUUGUGUACAUUCACCCACCAGACCCAACUGUCCGAAGGUUUACACAUGUCGUGGGUACUGUUUUUACAUUCUGCGUUGUUUUAAACAGUUGUAUAUUAAAUUGUUUUGUAUUUUGA